AUGAUUCUACGAUCUUUGUGUGCUUACUAUAAUAUUUGCCAGCGUAUUAAACUUCUAGCUAAUCUGGUUUUAAAUCGCAUUGCAGGAGUAGACGAGACUUGUGAUUUUGUCAAAGCUGAUUUCAUGAAGAUGCCAUUCCCUGAUAAUAGUUUUGAUGCAGUCUAUGCAAUAGCCGCAACCUGCCAUGCCCCAGAUGCAGUUGGGUGCUACAAGGAGAUUUAUAGGGUACUGAAACCUGGUCAGUGUUUUGCUGCAAAUGAGUGGUGCAUGACUGAUGCCUUUGACCCCGAUAACGAAGAACACCGAAAGAUCAAGGCAGAAAUUGAAUUAGGUAACGGCCUCCCGGAUGUAAGGCUGACACGCCAAUGCCUUGAAGCUCUUAAACAAGCAGGUUUCCAAGUUGUAUUGGAGAAGGAUCUUGCAGUAGACUCGCCCCUCUCAUGGUACUUGCCUCUGGAUAAAAGUCAAUUCUCACUCAGCAAUUUCCGUUCGACUGCAGUUGGACGUUUUAUUACCAAGUACAUGGUAAUGGCUCUUGAAAAAGUGGGAGUUGCCCCAAAGGGGAGUCAAAGGGUUCAAGCUUUCUUGGAGAAAGCAUCAGAUGGACUUGUAGCAGGUGGAAAUUCGACAGCAGUUACAGGACUCAACAAUAAUGAAUAUCAGAUCGAAAGAGGAAAGGUUUUAAAUCGCAUUGCAGGAGUAGACGAGACUUGUGAUUUUGUCAAAGCUGAUUUCAUGAAGAUGCCAUUCCCUGAUAAUAGUUUUGAUGCAGUCUAUGCAAUAGCCGCAACCUGCCAUGCCCCAGAUGCAGUUGAGUGCUACAAGGAGAUUUAUAGGGUACUGAAACCUGGUCAGUGUUUUGCUGCAAAUGAGUGGUGCAUGACUGAUGCCUUUGACCCAGAUAACGAAGAACACCGAAAGAUCAAGGCAGAAAUUGAAUUAGGUAACGGCCUCCCGGAUGUAAGGCUGACACGCCAAUGCCUUGAAGCUCUUAAACAAGCAGGUUUCGAAGUUGUAUCGGAGAAGGAUCUUGCAGUAGACUCGCCCCUCUCAUGGUACUUGCCUCUGGAUAAAAGUCAAUUCUCACUCAACAAUUUCCGUUCAACUGCAGUUGGACGUUUUAUUACCAAGUACACGGUAAUGGCUCUUGAAAAAGUGGGAGUUGCCCCAAAGGGGAGUCAAAGGGUUCAAGCUUUCUUGGAGAAAGCAUCAGAUGGACUUGUAGCUGGUGGAAAGAAAGAAAUUUUCACAGCAGUGUAUUUCUUUUUGGCUCGGAAGCCACAUUUGGACGACUAG